CUAAUUAGACUCCAAGAGGGGCCAGAUUCAUUGUAUCCGAUUCUUGUGAGAGUGUGAGGCUGUGAGUGAACUGAAACACCAAUCAGCCAUGGCAGCAGAACCCACCCGCCCCAUCAAAAUCAUCGCCGCCGCCGACGACUUUGGCACUCCUCUCAAAGACACCCUUGUCGCCCACCUCCGAUCCCUCCAAAUCCAAGUCGAAGAUCUCGGAACCACCUCCUACUACUCCGCCGGAGCCGAAGUCGGUCGCCGAGUCUCCCAAUCCUCCUCCUCCUCCGACGCCGAUGAAAUCCGCGGCCUGGUGGCGUGCGGCACCGGCGCCGGCGUCUCCAUCUUCGCCAACAAGUUCCCCGGCGUGUACGCCGCCACCUGCCUCUCCCCCUCGGACGCCGUGAACGCCCGCUCCAUCAACAACUCCAACGUCCUGGCCGUCUCCGGCAAGUCGACCUCGGCGGACGCCGCCGUCGAGAUCCUGGACGCCUGGCUGAACACUCCCUUCAAGGCAGCGUGUCCGGCGAACGACGGCCAGCCCUGGCCGCAGGAGAUCCACUCGUUCCUGGACAACUCGCUCUCGGAGAUGGCGGAGAUCGGAAAAGGCGAAACGUUGGACACGUGCGCCGUGUGCUGUCUGGUGAAGAACCGCGAACUGAACCCUAUCGAUAUCAUUCCCGGAGGGUCCAUGAAGAUAUUGAGGGAGAGCCCGACGUCAGCGUUCGUGCGGUUCAAGGCCGGGAGCGUGGAGCCGGCGCACCACCACACGUUCGGGCACGACUUGGUGGUGAUCGAAGGGAAGAAGAGCGUUUGGAAUCUUACGAAGGAAGAGAGGUACGAUCUGACGGUUGGAGAUUAUUUGUUCACUCCCCCUGGUGAUGUCCAUAGGGUUAAGUAUUUUGAGGACACUCAGUUCUUCAUCAAGUGGGAUGGCCAUUGGGACAUGUUCUUCGACGAGGAUCUUCCAACUGCCAAAAACGCUCUCCACAACGACUUUGGCUUCAACUAGUUUUUCCUUAAUAACCUCCCAUGUCAUAUGUGUGUUUAUGUCUCUAGUCUACUAUCCUAUCAUGUCCCAUCUUUUUUGAGUUCCAUGUUUCCUGCUUGUUAGAAACAAUCAGAGAAGAGGAAGGAAGAAGAUUGAAUAAGAAUCUGUAAAAUUGAUCUGUAAAAUUAUAUUGUAGAAAGGAAUACAAGAGCUAUAUAUAUAUA